CUCCCUCUUCUUUCCACCAAAAAACAAUACUAUAACUACAGGACACCCACAAUAAACACACCCUUUUAAAAUUUAAUAAUCAGAACACUAAACUACUACAAAGCAAUACUAGUAUUAAAUUAUUCUAGCGUACGUGCAUUUGUCUUAAAAAGCUUGGUUUGGUCCAUCUGCAGGCCCUCUGAAAUUCAACUACAUUUUCCCCAUGUUUAUUCCUCCUCCCUUAGAUAUUGUUUCUGAACUAGCAAAACCCCAAAUAUUUUUUGCACAAAUUUCUAAACCCCUGACAUAACAAGAACUCAUCUGUCAACUCAAGAAGAAAAGAAAACAAGAUUGAGUUAUACUGAUCAUGUCAGAAGAGGAAUCUGAUAUCCUUCUUCGUCUUGCAUUAUUCCACUUCUUGCUUCUCAUCACUUCAGGAAGGAUAGUUUGUGGAGAUUCACUCGAAACAGACAAGCGAGUGUUGCUGAGUUUCAAGUCAUUUCUUGAGGAACAAAAUCCAAUUAAUAAAGGAUACAAACACACAGAAUGGAAUCCAACAGACUCGUCUCCUUGCAAUUGGCCUGGAAUUUUAUGCGAUAGUGGAAUCAAUCGUGUCACUGAAAUUCACCUCUCUAACAACAAUUUGUCCGGGAAGUUUUUUGAUAACUUCUCGGCCAUGACAGCGUUGACUUAUAUUGACCUGUCGACGAAUACAAUUGGUGGUGCCAUUCCUGCAGACUUAGGCCAGUGUCAAAAUCUGAGAUUCUUGAAUUUGUCACACAAUAUUAUAGACGGGGGGCUCAAUUUGACUAGGCUCAACAAUUUGCAAGUUCUUGAUUUGACCAUGAAUAGAAUUCAUGGGGAAAUCAAGUUAACUUUCCCGGGGAUUUGUGACAGUUUGGUGGUUGCUAAUAUUUCUUAUAACAAUUUCACUGGUGAGAUUGGAAGUACCUUUGAUCAGUGCUGGAAUCUCAAGUAUCUUGAUUUGAGCUACAAUAACUUGACUGGGGAAUUGUCACUUGGUUUUGAUAAGCUUAUGGAGUUUUCGGUAUCUAAUAACAAGUUCACUGGCUCUCUCCCUUCUUUGUUUUUCACUCCAAACUGCAGUUUGCAGGCCUUGGAUUUAUCAGAAAACGGAUUCGUUGGAGGAUUUUCAAAAGAGAUAUCGAAUUGUAAAAACUUGGAAGAGUUGAAUUUGUUUGGAAACAACUUUUCAGGGCCAAUCCCAAGGGAAAUUGGUUCAGUUAUGAGUCUUCAGGCACUUUACUUGGGAAGCAAUAAUUUUUCAAGGGAUAUUCCAGGGAGUCUAUUAGGCCUAAGCAACUUGGUGUUUCUUGAUCUUAGUAGAAACAACUUCAGAGGAGAAAUACAAGAAAUUUUCGGACGAUUUACGCAGGUAAGGUUUCUAUUGUUGCAUGGUAACUCUUAUACUGGAGGCAUAGUUUCCUCUGGAAUUCCCAACUUAGUCAACCUUUCUCGGUUGGACUUGAGUAAUAACCAGUUCUCUGGUCCAUUACCAGUUGAACUUUCCAAGAUGGAAGGUUUAGAGUUUCUGAUUCUUGCCUACAACCAGUUUAAUGGAAGUAUACCAUCAGAAUACGGGGAUAUUCCAACACUUCAGGCACUUGAUCUUUCCUCUAACAAGUUAACUGGCGUGAUACCACCUGGUUUGGGAAAGCUAAACUCACUUUUGUGGUUGAUGCUUGCUAACAAUUCACUGGUCGGUGGAAUACCACCCGAGUUGGGAAAUUGCAGUAGCUUACUAUGGCUAAAUCUUGCAAAUAAUCAACUUUCAGGGCCAAUUCCUCCUCAGUUAGCAAGAAUUGGCUCAAAUCCUAUGCCUACUUUCUUGUUGAAUAGGAAAAAGGAUAAGGUCACUGCUGGCUCGGGGGAGUGCUUCGCUAUGAGGAGGUGGAUACCAGCUGAUUAUCCUCCAUUUAGCUUUGUAUAUCCUCUUCUUACAAGGAAGAAUUGUAGAAGCUUAUGGGAUAAAUUGCUUAAAGGGUAUGGUUUAUUUCCAGUGUGUGAGCCUGGUAGUAAUGUUCGUUCGAAUCAGAUAUCAGGUUAUCUUCAACUCAGCAAGAACAAAUUUUCUGGUGGGAUCCCUCCUGAAAUUGGCAGUAUGCUGAAUUUCAGUAUGCUUCAUUUGGGCGUAAAUGAAUUCUCUGGCACGCUUCCUCCAGAGAUCGGAAAAAUGCAACUAGUAGUGCUUAAUGUGUCACAGAACAGAAUUUCUGGUGAAAUUCCAAGUCAGAUUGGGUACAUUAAGUGCUUACUGAAUCUUGAUCUAUCCUACAACAAUUUCUCUGGUCUAUUCCCGGCUAGCUUUAGUAACUUGACUGAUUUGAGCAAGUUCAACAUCUCUUACAACCCGUACAUCUAUGGUUCUAUACCAGAAAGUGGGCAGUUGACCACAUUUGAGAAGUCAUCAUAUCUUGGCGAUCCAUUGCUUCGCCUCCCAUCUUUCAUUGACAACUCUACGGAUAAUGCAAUAAACAAGGGCGGAAGUUUCAAAAGGACCACAAAGAUAGGUGCAAUUUUGGUAUUCUUGGCUCUGGUACUGGCUUUCCUAGUUUGCGGAGUCAUGACACUCAUCGUCUGCCUCGUCCUAAAAUCUCCGAUAGAUACACCAGGAUAUCUACUGGAGGAUUCAAAGGGACGACAUGAUCUACCAUCAAGUUCAGGUGCAUCCUCACCAUGGUUGUCUAAUGAUGUUAAGGUAAUCCGUUUGGAUACAACAAGCUUCACACAUUCUGAUAUAUUGAAGGCCACAGGUAGAUUCUCCAAUGAUAGAAUUAUAGGGAAGGGAGGAUUUGGGACAGUUUAUAGGGGAAUCUUGCCUGAUGGAAGGGAAGUGGCAGUGAAGAAGCUACAAAGGGAGGGAUUUGAGGGGGAAAGAGAGUUCAGAGCUGAAAUGGAGGUACUAAGUGGAAAUGACUUUGGAUGGCAUCCGAACCUUGUAACUCUUUACGGUUGGUGCCUAAAUGGAUCAGAGAAAUUGCUAGUCUAUGAAUACAUGGAAGGUGGAAGCUUAGAUGACAUUAUCACAGAUAGAACCAAGUUUACAUGGAAGAGAAGAAUUAAUGUGGCGAUUGAUGUAGCGCGUGCUUUAGUCUUCUUACACCACGAGUGCUAUCCUUGUAUUGUUCAUAGAGAUGUCAAGGCUAGCAAUGUGCUACUAGACAAAGACGGUAGGGCAAGGGUCACAGAUUUUGGCCUCGCUAGGGUAAUGGAUGCUGGAGAUAGUCAUAUUAGCACAAUGGUUGCUGGGACAGUCGGGUACGUUGCACCAGAAUAUGGACAGACGUGGCAGGCUACAACAAAAGGCGACGUUUACAGUUAUGGAGUGCUGGCCAUGGAGCUAGCCACAGGGAGACGUGCUGUAGAUGGAGGUGAGGAAUGUCUAGUUGAAUGGGCGAGACGAGUGAUGGGAGAUGGAAGGCAAGGAUUUACUAGAGCAAUGAUACCAGUUGCUCUUUUGGUAUCUGGCUUAGCAGAGGGAGCAGAGGAGUUGAGUGGAUUGCUUAGGAUAGGAAUAAGGUGCACUGCUGAUAAUCCUCAUGCUAGACCUAACAUGAAGGAAGUAUUGGAUAUGUUGAUUACAGUUUCUCGAAGCCAAAGAUCAGGAUCUAGUCAUAGCACUUCUCCUUCAUUUUGAUCAACUUUUUUGUUUCAACUUACAGCAAAGUGUCAAUAGUUUUAACCAUUUGUAACAUACAUAGCACAUCCUUCUUGUAAACACUUCUUUUAGAUUCUUUAUUCUGUCACUCUGGUUGUUAAGAUCCCAUAAUUUUUGUGAAGAUUAUAGAGUUGAAAUGUGAAGUAACUUUUCAAAGUUUUCCCAUGGAAAGUUUAA